AUGAGGACUCUAACCUCUGUUUUCUUUUGACUAAUAUAGAACUCAACCUUAGAUGACAAAGCAUUCUCUUGUUCUAUUCCAGAAUAAAUGUGAACCCGUGAUUACACGGCCGUUCCAGUGUUACUCUGUUAUCGUUUGAGGGCCCUCAGCUCUCAGGUGAUAAACCUGGACCUCCAGACACCGCUGGUCCGUACGCCGCGUCCAACGUACGGUGGGGGAGCCAACCCCAGGGCAAAAUUAAUUUCCACAGGUACACUAGGCGUCAACCUUUGAUCUUAAAGCAUUCUCUUCGCACUAAUGUCCUCCUAUUCACACAUCAACCGCCACUGUCACUGUGUUCACGCUUCACACACAGAAACACACCCAGAGCGCGCCUCACACACAGAACAGCACCCAGAGCGCGCCUCACACACAGAACAGCACCCAGAGCGCGCUUCACACACACAACGCCCAGAGCGCGCCUCACCAGCAGUGAGACCCACAGAGAGCGCUUUUCAUCAGCGGAAAUUUCCACAGAAACCUCUUAAGCUCAACUGUUAGAACUCUUCCGAAGCACAACCGCACCAUACACCAUGUACCCCUUUCACUGCGCUUAUGACCGCCACCACGGGGCAAAAUCGCAUCAUAAAACAGAAGUGAUGCUCGUCCCCGAGGCUCAAAACCGACACCAUAAACCAGGGUCUGCUUUACCUUUAAUCGGGGUGAAGUAAAUAUUUUACUUAUAAUUUUAUGGCCGCAACCCUCGAGGCUUAACCGACACCAUAAACCACCGUCUAACCUCUAUUCAAUGUGCUGAAACCAGCAACCCCUCACUACUGCACUUACGACCGCAUCACCAGAACACGGCAGGUGUUCUGGGAAUUUCUCCUACCCCGCAAACCGUCCUACCCGUUGUUUCUGAGCAUGUGCGCGCAUGCGCACAACACAUAAAGUGAAGCAAAGCGCAUCCGGCUGUGAUUUAAUGCUACCCCGUUGUCAUAUUUGCAGGAAAAUAGCUUCGGUGAAGUCUGCUGUCAAGUUACUGGACACGUGGUAUUUGCACAACACUUCUGAAUCCGCAGCUUCGGUGUUUUAAGGCUGUUUCGAUAUGGAGAAGAAGUGGGAAGAGAUUUACGCGUUUAUUUCUGCGGGCUCCUACCCUUCAGGAUAUGACAAGGCUCAAAGGCAAAAUCUCAGAAGAUAUGCCUCAAAAUUCCAACAAAAGGAUGGAGAACUCUUUGUUGGAACCAGAAGAGUAGUAAAAACCAUGGAUGAUGCCAGGAAGCUAUUUCAUGAGUUUCAUUCAUCUCCAAUUGGAGGACACACUGGCACACACAAAACGCUAAAUGCAGUGUGUUCCAGAUUUUACUGGUUUGGUAUGACAGUUGACAUUAAAACAUGGAUUCUGGAAUGUGACCAGUGUCAAAAAGUUCGGAAACCACUGACUGCUGUGCAACCGUUGCAGUGUAUUCAGGUGUCUGAAGUGUGGGAACUUAUUGGUAUAGAUCUUACUGGACCUCUUCCUAAAAUGUCAAGCGGCUUCCAGUAUAUACUUACUGCAACUGACUACUUUUCAAAAUGGGUUGAAGCUUUCCCAUUAAAAACGAAAUCUGCAUCUGAGGUAGCCAAUGAGAUGAAAAGACCAAUGACAACAUAAAAAGAGCCCUCCGAAAACUGGUGAAUGACCAGCAGAAUAACUGGGAUCUGUAUCUAGAUCCCACCCUGUUUUCACUGCGGUCAAAAGUACACACCACAACAAAAUACUCACCUUUUUUUCUGAUGUAUGGAAGAGAGGCAGUAUUUCCAUCAGAAGUGCCGAUUUCCAACAUCAUUCUGCCAGACGACAAAAGGUACAGUGACUAUGUACAGUCUGAAAGUGAAGCACAACAUGCAGUUAAAGAAACUGCACAAGAAAACAUUGCGAAGUCACAAGACAAGCAAAAGGUUGCAUACGCCAAGCGGGUCCUGAAAAAGUACAAAAAUGUUGUGUACAAUGUAGGGGAUCAAAUUCUGCUUCUAAAUAUGAGGAAACGUGGGCGAAAAGGAGGAAGACUUGAACCAGAUUUUUCAGGUCCCUAAACAAUUGAUGACAUCAGUGGAAAAUGUGUUAGACUGAAAAACGCUGAGGGAAAUACUUUAAAAAGUCUAUACAGUAUUGACCACAUUAAACCUUAUAGAACAAGCCACCCUGUCCAAGUCUCAACUCCAACUGAACCUGUUGAGAGUAGCCCAUCUUCUGAGAUGCAGCCUUGCAGUCCUCAGCAUCAUCCUGAAGCGCUGCAAAAUAACAGACCCUCUGUCAUACAGUUUGCACCAAAAAUAGCUCAGGUAAAAUCAGUCCAAGCACCAGAAGAGCUUGUACCAGUGACCCCCCAGAAACCCAGCACGCAAGAAAAAGUGAAGUGGCUUUGGGCUGCAAAAGACACCGGGCGUGUGGAGGCAGUCGUUGGGCCAUACAAAUUGUAUGACUCUUCUUUUCGCACACUGGAGGACAGUGGGUGGCUUUCUGAUGAGGUCAUUGAUGGAUACCUGCACUGCCUCAUUAGGAAACAAAAGGAACCCGUGUAUCAGUUGUCUUGCGUUGUUGCAACCUCUCUGUUUUCUGGGAAGUUUAAAUGUGUCACCAAGAUGUUGUUUCCAGCUGAGGACAUUUGGUUGUGCCCACUGAACUUCGGUGCACACUGGAUCCUUGUGGUUGUCAAAAUCUCCUCACGAUCUGUACUGCUGUUAGACCCUCUUGGAAAUGAAGGUUGUUAUGAAAGGAAAAUUAUGCGUAACUGGAGGAAUUUUCUGAAGAUGAAAGGAAAGGAAGAGUCCCGAGUGGAUUGGAAAAUGGAGACUCUGCCACACAACAAGCAGAUGGACUCCAGCAGUUGUGGAGUUUUAGUGUUGAAGUUUGCCGAACACUACCUUAUGAGUGGAGAGGUUACUAGGGUGCUGUCCACUCCAGAAGCCAUUGGGCUGCAACGCACAGAAAUUGCUUGCGAACUGCUAGAACAUCAAAGUAAUGCUGAUGACUACUGUGUGGUUUGUUCCAUGCUGGAAGCCGAUCCUGAGUCCAGUAUGAUUGAAAUGGUGCAGUGUGAGUUUUGUCUCAGAUGGGCACAUUUUGGAUGUGCUCAAUAUGAGAGCAGCCUGGUCAAGUACUUGUGCGACAAAUGUGCAUAAUUGUUAUGAAUACUGUUUCUUUUCCACUUCUUUCUCCCUGUGUUCUGUUGGAUCUGUAAAUAUCAAAUAUAUAUAUCUGUAAAUAUAUGCUGUCAGUCACAGUAAAGUACAAAGAGCAGCCUGGUCAAGUACUUGUGUAAAAAAAAAAA